AUGUUUUACUACGCGCGCUUGUCAAUUUUGUUCAUCGCCAUCGGAUACGUCGUAAUACAAGGGCAUGUUUCAAUUACGAUCCGUGAACAAAUCAAACGUGGUGUUGGCUUGAUUAUCGAGUUGGUACACUUUCACCAUCAUCUCUUGACGGCGGUUAUGUGUAUAUUUUUCACCAACCUCAACGGGCGCAACCUAGUCAAGGUUUUACACGGUUUCGUUGCGGUGCAAGAAGAUUUUCAGCAAUUAGGAUUCCCAAUAAACUACAAGAAGGCAAUACCAUUCACGUAUGUCGUGAAUAUCUUAUUUAUUCUAAAAGUUAUCGUUUUAGUAGCUACCCUUUUUUAUUGGGAACAUCCACAUUCCAUACUGUAUAGUACUCUUCAUAUCGCAAUUCACGCGCUAUCCACCAUGUGGAUUUUUUAUCUGUUACUUAUUAAGUUAAACAUUCAACAUUUAAACGCAAUAUUCCUCACCCACUUCGAGCAAAAUCACGCACCUUCUACAGCAAAGCUGCUAUUGGCAUGUGGAGACAUUUACGCCAAAUUGUUCCGGAUAAACGAUCUAGUUAACAAGUCCUUCGUAUGGCAAUUUAUUGUGGUGAUACCCCAACUUUUUCUCGAAAUACUCCUUCACACUUUCCACAUGAUUAAAGUGAUGAAAUACGAAGCAAAGAUUGAAGGUUCUUCAAUCGUCGUUGACGUUACUUAUUUUUGGAUUUUGUUAAAUAUCGUCGUUCCUACAGUCCUCACGAAAAACGAAUUUAACCUACUGGUAGAUACGAUAGCCGAUAUUGGAAUUGGAAUGCAAAUCGUGGACCAAGAGUGCAAUGAAGUGUUAUCGAGGUUGCUCUUACAAUUGUACCAUCAGAGAUUUACCUUCUCUGCGAAAGGUAUCUUUCCUCUUGAUGGUACGUUGAUUUACUCAGUUUUGGGAACCGUCAUAACGUACCUAGUCGCUUUGUGGCAAUUUAAUAUGACGUAAUGACCUACUGUACAGUACUGACAAUCCACAUCUGCGGACAAAAAAAGUGUUUAAGGUUUAAGAUGUUAUCUUUAU